AGAAAAAAUAAAUAAUAAGAAAAAAAAAUAGAAAGAAAGUCAUGUCUUAAUUAUUUUUGUAAAAUAUCUCUAGAUUGAAGAGGUAAGAGACUUCUUGUUCCAUUUGUAUUUUUUUCUUAUUAUUUGUUCUUAUUUAAAAGUAUGUGAUAUCAAUAUUAAAGCCAUUUCUUAAGCAUAAUUUUAUACAAAAAAUAAAAACAAGAAGAAUAAAUAGUGCAAGAAGAAUAGAGUUAAAAUCAUGAUUAAAACGAAUGCGCAUGCCUGAAAAUAUGGAGCUCUGCUUCCGGUAAGAACGGUAAGCUGCAAGUAGAAUUUGCGAGCGUAUGUUUGGUUGUUAUAAGAUGACAGCCAUUACUAUUUCACCGGCUGCACAAGGAAUUAUUCAAGUUGUAAAUGAAAGUAAUUUAUGUAAAAUUGAAAGCUUCCUCAAUGACACGGCAUAUAGAGAAGCCAUUGAAAAUUCCUCAAACUAUAAUAGCCGAUUAUGCAGAGAACGACGUUUACGUAUGCCUUUCCUCGAUUCUCAAACAGGUAGUGUAGCACAAAAUCACUCUGCAUUAUUUAUGUCUUCAAGAGAAAGGUUACCUGGUUUAUUACAUGGUCAAAUAUAUACAUAUCCUAGCAAAAGAUGGAGGAAAAAACGGCGACAAUAUUUAAUGCAUUAUUUGCAUCCAAAAAGAGGACCAAGAGGAGAUACUGAAGAUGGCAAUGAAGGUGUAGAAACUGUUACACAUGUAAAUGAUGAUAGUAAAGAUUCAGUGGCUCUCAAAGAUGAACAUAGUAAAGAUGCAUGGUACUAUGAUGAGCAAGAUAUGUUAGAUAUGGAUACAUAUGAAGAACCUGAUGCUGAAAGUGAUUAUGAUUAUGAAGAAAGUUAUAGCAGUAAAAGAAAAAGAAGAAAACCACGUGGAGGUGGUCAUCAUCCUGCACGAAAUCAUCCCUCUUCCACAGAUAGCCCUGGGGGUAAACGUACUAAGGGUGGGGGACGCGGGCGCAAAAAAACCAACUAUGAUGCUGUUGACACUGAUAAGCCAUUCGUUUGUGACCUAUGCAGCGCACGGUAUAAAACCAGACCUGGUCUGGUCUACCAUUACGGUCAUUCCCACUCUACUUCCUCCGGUGAUCCUGCUAAGGAACUAAGUCCCAGUCCUGCCGAAGUUGAACCUAGGAGCGUUGCAGACACCGCUGCUUCGAACCAGCCAGGUGGUACACGUCGGGGUCGUCAGAAUGCAACUUCGUCGAGUACGUCGAGUCCCUCUCCCGCAGCGCCCUCUGCGACCGCUGCGGGAGCAUCGGUCCAGCCACAGCCGCAAUCACAACCGGCGCAGCCUCCAUCGCAGCAGUCGCAGCAGCAACAACAGCAGCAACCGUCGCAACAGUCGCAGCAACCGUCGCAGCAGCAGCAACUGCCCGCGGUACCACCGACGGUAGCACCAGCUUCACCUACGAUACCGGUCGUGAAGGAAGAACAUCUACCAGCUGUGCCUUCUCCAGGGACGGCAGUCCCCUCGCCUUCUUCCGUGAGAGCGGAGGGCCCACCGACGCCAGGGACAAAUGAAAAAAAAGCUGGAAAGUCCGCGCAACCGUCCCCAUACUGCGACUUCUGUUUGGGCGAUGCUAGGGAAAAUAAAAAGACCGGCGGUUCCGAGGAGUUGGUCUCUUGCAGUGAUUGCGGUCGCUCAGCGGAGGUCGUCGUUGUCGUCAUUCGCGUAUUAAGUCAUCAAAUUCAAUCCCCACUUCUGAAUGGUACUGCAAUCCGCGUGUUCAUUUUUCAUAAUAAGUAGCUGGUUUCUAACGCUAAAGUUAUAUUAUUAUCAUAGAUUUAUGAUAAUCGAUGCAAGCGAGUUGUAACGUAUGCACGUGUACUCGAUACUUUCCCUUGUUACCUUACGUCUGACAUAUAAACAAGCGCAGCGGGUAGAUGGCUAAUUUCACGAUGCGUCUGAUUAACCGACCGAAAAUGCACAGCGCAAAAAUACAUGCAGGAAUUCCCUAGGAUUAUCAUCUGUGAAUGUUAUACGCAGUUUUUUCUAUUCUGCUGCAGCAUUGUUGAUGGCAGUUUCUCGAUUUUUACCAAAAAAUUAGAAAAAAAAAAAAACGGGAAAAAGAUAGGAAAAAAUAGAAGAAAGACAAAUAUAUAAAAAGAAAAAAUGAAGAGGAAAAAUAAGAUAUGUUAUAAUGGCGAGAGGUCUUUUAGGUUAACUUUAUAAUUUACAAUUAGUAGCGCUGACGAGAAAAAUAAAUCCGAAGAUGAAUCAC